CAGGGGACUGUAACUGCCGCAAGAGUGAGGUCUGCCCGUUAAUAGAGCAGUUUGUUUGUGCCUACAGUCCUACAAAAGGCUGUAAGUCUUUCGGCAACAGUUGUCUACUCAGAAGAGAGAACUGUAUCAAUGGAGAUUACGUUUUAUAGAUAUGAAGGAAAAUGUGUCACCGAGGGAUGUAGAGAUGAUGAAACGUGUGGGAAGUGUUCGAGAGCCUGUGACAGGAGCUACCUUCCCGUUUGUGGGUGCAGCACCAACUUUGGCUUCAGAACCUUCAACAACGAGUGUCUUUUGAACCGUGAGAACCAGUGUAAUGAUACGGAUUAUUCAAUUACUGCCUAUGAACCAUGCAUUAGGGAUACAGAUGAUGCAUCUGAAGUGGUCAACGGUUGUGGCGAUUGUCCUCCAACCUGUUUAGCCAUAUAUGAUCCUGUAUGUGGAGAAAGUGCAACAUUAAAUACACAGACAAUAUUCUCCAACCAGUGUUUCCUGGGUGGUGAGAAUCGAUGCAGAAACGGAGAUUAUACAGAAUGCUCCUAGUAGAAUAUGAGAAGAGCCUUGGGUGCAAUUACAGACCAAAAAAGUUGUUUACUUUGAUAAUUAGUGUAUUUGUUGUUUAAACCUUUAAGUGAUUUUAAUAAAGGGAUCAAUUCAUUUCGAA